CACCCAGGAGGUGAAGAGGUCCUGAGGGAGCAAGCUGGAGGAGAUGCUACUGAGAACUUUGAAGAUGUUGGCCAUUCCACAGAUGCAAGGACACUGUCAGAAUCCUUUAUUAUUGGGGAACUUCAUCCGGAUGAUAGAGCGAAGCUUCAGAAACCAACAGAAACUCUUAUUACCACUGUUGAGUCUACUUCCAGUUCAUGGUCCAACUGGGUGAUCCCGGCGAUAGCAGCAAUUAUUGUGGCCUUGAUGUACCGUUCCUACAUGUCAGAGUAAGCGCCUUACUGAGAACUAAUGCCAGAAGAGAAUACAUUCUCUGGGAGAGAAUAUAAGCAAUCCUAACCUAGUGUGUUUCUGGACAAAAGUCUGAUGUCUGAAGAAAAAUUCAACUUUUUCAGAAAACUGAGCAAUUCUUUUCUGCCAUGCACUUUUCUUAAUGUUGCCUUCUUAUGUGCUGUUCUGAAGUGAUAAAAAGGCAGCAUUUCUCAUUUUGUAUAACAAUUUUAUUCUCUAAUGAAUUAUUUGAUAACUGUAUUGGUUUCUGUGUUAGAAUAUGGUUUUGUAUGUAACACUGAUUUUGGUUAUUUCUCUUUAAUCUGUAAUAGGGUCCAUAGACUCUCUUUACCUAUAAAUUUUACAGCUUUAAAUGACUACCAAAACUGUGUACACGUAUUUGUCUAUGUACACAACUUAACUUUAAAAAUCAUGUUGUCUUCUUAAAUGUAGUAUGCUUGAAUGAAAUGCAAAUUAAAUGUAAUGAAUAAAACUGAGUGGGAUAGUGGUUAUAGGUGCCUGUAAGCAGUUGGGCCCUAUCAAUCAGGCUAUAAUGAGCUGAUUUUAUUUCCAUUUCUUUUGACAUCUGCUCUUACAGUUGUUGUAGAUACUCCUGCUAGAAAACUGUUCUGUUUGUCUCCCAUUGAAAAAAUUCAGGUGAAAUAUGAAACUCAAUGUUUGGCCCAAUUAUGUCUGUCUAACUUGUGAAAAAUAACUCUUUUUAUCAAAAAAUGGCAGAAAAAAGUAACUGCUACUAAAUAGUACUAUUCCUGCCAAACACUCAGGUGACUAGAAUUUGUUCUGGAACUUUUAGGCUUUGAUAAACUCUUCAACUUUGUCAUGUACAUUGUGAGGGGGGAAAAGCUGAUAAAUGAAAUCUGAGUCUUCUGGGAUGUGCUCCUUGGUGCUUUACUAUGAAGAGACAACUAUUUUCACUGCUAAAUACAAGAUAACUGAAAGUUUGCAUUUUGUGGCGAACAUUUUUAGUCACAUGUAAAUGAUCAUGAAUUAAAGUUCAAUUGCUUACA